AUGCUCUACGAGCGGCCGACCGGGCUCAAGGGCCUCUACUACCACCCCGUCGUCCAGGUCUUCUUCCUCGGCUUCGUCUGCUUCAUGGGCCCUGGUCUCUUCAACGCUCUCAACGGCCUUGGCGGCGGCGGUCAGAUCAGCAGCACCACCAGCGCCAAUUCCAACAGUGCCCUCUACGCGACCUUCGCCUUUACCGCUUUCUUCGCCGGCUCGAUCAACAACGUCCUUGGCCCGCGCCUCACGCUUCUCAUCGGGAGCAGCGGCUACGCCCUGUACAUCGGCUCUUACCUCGCCAUCAACAUCCACCCUAAUGCCGGCGGCUUCGUGAUCGCGGCAGGCGCGGUCCUCGGCGUCUGCGCCGGGUUGCUCUGGACGGCCCAGGGAUCGCUCAUGUUGGCGUACCCGACCGAGGACCAGAAGGGUAUCUUCAUCGGCAUCUUCUGGUCCGUAUUCAACUUGGGCGGUGUAGUGGGCGCGUCCGUCUCUCUCGGUCAAAAUUUCCACUCCAAGGUAUUCGGCAAUGGCACCUAUAUCGGCUUCCUCAUCCUCACGCUCAUCGGAGUGCUCAUCCCGAUGCUCAUGGCGAACCCCAACAAGAUGAUCCGCUCCGACGGCACGCGGGUCAUGACCCUCCGCCACCCGUCCUGGAAGACCGAGUUCUACGGCCUCUGGGUCACCCUCCGCACGGACCCGCUCGUGAUCAUGCUCUUCCCCAUGUUCUUCGCGUCCAACUGGUUCUACACAUGGCAGUUCAACGACUACAACCUGGCGCUGUUCACCAUCCGUGCGCGCGCGCUGAACAACCUCGUCUACUGGAUGGCGCAGAUCGUCGGCUCCGUCAGCAUCGGCUUCCUGCUCGACCAGAAGGGCCUCACGCGCCGGUUCCGCGCGUACGCGGGCUGGGUCGUCCUGUUCCUCAUGGUCUUCGUCGUCCACAUCUGGGCGUACUUCUACCAAAAGCACUACACCCGCGCGACGAUCGCGCAGGAGACCAAGGACGACACCAAGAUCGACAUCUACGACAGCCAGUACGUCGGCCGCGUGUGGCUGUACAUCAUCUGCGGCAUGCUCGACGCGAUGUGGCAGACGACCGCGUACUGGAUCAUGGGCGCCAUGUCCAACGACCCCGCGAAGCUCGCCAACCUGACCGGCUUCUACAAGUCGCUGCAGUCGGCGGGUGCUGCCGGCGUCUGGCGCGCGGACGCGGUGAACAUCCCGUACAUGAACAUCUUCGUCUCCACAUGGGCUCUCCUUGUUGGCGGUCUCGUCUGCACCCUGCCCAUGAUCUACAUGCGGGUGAAGGACCACACGGAUGAGUCCGACGAGAUCGACGGCAUUCUGUAUGUAUCCCUGCAGUGUAACCGACGAGCCUUGAGAUGCUGA